AAUUCUGGCCCCGGUUCAAGUACUGAUGAGAACCACAUGACUGGCCGGUAACAAUGCGUUUUCAGGACUAGCCAGCUAUACAGAGAUGUGGUGGUGGUGGUGGUGGUGGUGAUCUCUGUAUCUGUGUGAGAGAGCGAGCGAGAGAGAGAGAGAGAGAGUGAUAGGUCUUUAUUCAAACCAAGCUCUCCAUGUUAGCAGCACCAGCAGCAGCAGCAGAGGUUUAUUUUUCAUUCAGAGAGUUAGCGUUUCUGUCUGAUGCACAUCCACUGUGACUGACGCUCCUGUUCCCGCACACUACUGCUACCUUUGUGGUUAGAGGAACUCUCUUUGGUUCGUGGAGUUAAACAACGAUACAACAACACUAAGUGACUACUGAGACCCACUAGUCUUCCUGAUGAGAGGCUUCCUGCUGCUGUGUCUGCUGGCACUGGGCCAUGCCAAGCCUUACCAGCCAAUUAACGUCUUGGACUUCAUGAGGGACCAUGAAAUCAUGAUGCAGGACGCCGAUGAUGACGAUGAUGAUGACGACAACGCCCUUACGGACUGCCCCUUCGGCUGCCAGUGCUCCCUACGGGUGGUGCAGUGCUCUGAUCUAGGGUUGCUCUCCGUGCCCGAGAACAUUCCCACCGACACGCUAAUGAUAGACCUCCAGAACAACGACAUCACCGAGGUCAAGGAGGACGACUUCAAAGGCAUUAACAAGAUCUACGCCCUGUUCCUUGUUAACAACAAGAUCUCGAAGAUCCAUCCCAAAGCUUUCCGUAACAUGGAUCGGCUACAGCUGUUGUACCUGUCCUACAACCAGUUGACACAGAUACCUGCCAACCUACCCCGGAACAUCCUGGAGCUGCGUAUCCACGACAACAAGAUCAGCAACAUCCAGAAGGAGGCCUUCAAAGGGCUCAAGUCUGUGCAUGUUCUGGAGAUGAGUGCUAACCCGUUAGCUAACAACGGGAUAGAGCUGGGAGCAUUCGACGGCAUGGAAACGCUGUAUAUCAGGAUCGCGGAGGCCAAGCUCACAGCUGUCCCUAAAGACCUCCCAUCUUCACUCACAGAGCUUCACUUGGAUUAUAACAAGAUCAGCAAAGUAGAAAUUGAGGACUUUUUCAGAUAUAAAAAAAUACAAAGAUUAGGACUGGGCUUCAACCAAAUCAAGUUUGUUGAGAACGGCAGCUUCGCCAGUAUACCCAACGUCCGUGAGAUCCACCUGGAUAACAACAAACUGAAGAAGGUUCCGCCCGGUCUCAACUCACUGCGGUAUCUACAGGUGGUGUACCUCCAUGCUAACAGCAUCAGCAGUGUGGGGGUGAAUGAGUUCUGCCCUGUCCGCUCCAGUGUUAAGAAGACCUUGUAUACGGGCAUCAGUCUGUUCUCUAACCCUGUUAAGUACUGGGACGUCCAGCCCGCCACUUUCCGCUGUGUGUCUGGACACAGAGGGGUUCAUCUGGGCAACAACCGGAGGAAGUAACAUAUACACACACACACACACACACACACACAGGGGGAUUUAGCUGGGCAACAACCGGAGGAAGUAACAUACACACACACACACAGACACACAGGGGGAUUCAGCUGGGCAACAACCGGAGGAAGUAACAUAUACACACACACACACACAGGGGGAUUUAGCUGGGCAACAACCGGAGGAAGUAACAUAUACACACACACACACACAGGGGGAUUUAGCUGGGCAACAACCGGAGGAAGUAACAUAUACACACACACACACACACAGGGGGAUUUAGCUGGGCAACAACCGGAGGAAGUAACAUACACACACCACACACACACACGCACACACACAGGGUGAUUCAGCUGGGCAACAACCGGAGGAACACACACACACACACACACACACACACACACACACACAGGGGGAUUCAGCUGGGCAACAACCGGAGGAAGUAACACACACACACACAGGGGGAUUCAGCUGGGCAACAACCCGAAGAAGUAACACACACAAUGGCACGGUGAAGUUCUAACCAUAUGGUCAUAUCUAUCCUAUAUAGUUACAGAUCUACAAGUGCCUACCUGCCUAGGGAAUUGGGUGUCUGUCAGGAUCACAAGCCAUCCUAUAGCGCCUCCUUCUGGUAGAUUUCAGUAAUACCCACCUCCUCAACACACAGGAUUUUUUGUUGUUGUUGUAAAGACCAACUCUUCGUUCCUCCUCAACGAGUCAACAAACGCAUCCACCCCUGUUUGUACUUCCGUGUUUUAGUCGAUAUCUUUGUUUCUUCUCUGUUUAGGAAUUAGUAUAAUCUGCUGGAUAUGUUGUCUUUGGAUUUCUUUCUGACACUGCAUGCCUCACUUUUAUAAUCUGCUAGAUAUAGCCUAAAUAAAACUAGUUUUCAUGGUGCUAAUAAACGUAUAUAUAUAUUUACAGAAACUAGUCAACGUUAUAUGUCUAGAUGGUGAUAAACAUAAAAUGACAGAAAAUGCUAGUCAACUGUUACAUUACAUGGUCUACAUGCUAAGCGUUUAUAUUUAAAGAAACUAGUCAACCUUUUACAUGUCUACAUGCUAAACGUUUAUAUUUAAAGAAACUAGUCAACCUUUUACAUGUCUACAUGCUAAGCGUUUAUAUUUAAAGAAACUAGUCAACCUUUUACAUGUCUACAUGCUAAACGUUUAUAUUUAAAGAAACUAGUCAACCUUUUACAUGUCUACAUGCUAAGCGUUUAUAUUUAAAGAAACUAGUCAACCUUUUACAUGUCUACAUGCUAAACGUUUAUAUUUAAAGAAACUAGUCAACUUUUUACAUGUCUUCAUUUGAACAUGCUUAUCUAUCGCAGCAUUACAUGUAUGUAACUGUUCUAAUUAAAUAAACUAGUUAAACUUUUUACAUGUCUUCAUUUGAACAUGCUUAUCUAUCAUAGCAUUACAUGUAUGUAACUGUUCUAAUUAAAUAAACUUGACUUAGAAUAUU